AACACACACAGGCAGCUGAUAUGAACUUGCUGUCUGUGCACAUCUACAGUAAAGUUGACCGAGUGGAUCUCUGAUUUCGUGAGUGUGGAGGCAGGGCUAAUUUAUUCAUGAAUUUUAUGGAAUACAUUCUUUUCUUUUAUAAUUUUUUCUGUCAAAUUAUUGUACUGUUUUAGGUUUUUAUUUUAAAUUGUGGCUUGAAACAUCCAAAGCCUGUAUAAGAGCUUGAAAAACAAUUGCAGAUUGGUAGCUAUUUCAUGGUUUAUUUCUGUAAAAAAAAUAGGGGAUCUAAGGAGGUCUAAGGCCCCUCUUUUCAGGGUUAAUCCUUCACGGUUUAAAUUUGUAUUCCAAUUGAAAAGUGGUGGAAGUUAUUUUGUAAUGUAACAUUAUCCAGUAGCCUACAUGUCUCACCCUAUCCUCAUAUGGACGUGUGUCAUCACACGGGCAGGAAGUCUGCACGUCAGUGAAAGUUUCUUGCCAGGUAGUGAGUUAUAGGGAAUAGGCUGGACAAAACGGGGAUUCACAUAUAAAUACUUCUCCAAAUAGGCUACGUCUCCAUCAUAUCAUACAAACACACACUCAGUCUGUUGAAGUCAAAAUGCUCGGGAGCGAUGUACUGUUAUGCUUCAUCUUCUACAGCACGCUCUUAAUCUUAAAGAUGUACAUCAUCGCUAUCAUUACGGGCCAAGUGAGACUUCGGAAAAAGGCUUUUGCUAAUCCCGAGGACGCCGAAAGACACGGAGGUGUGCAAUUCUGCCGCAUCGAUCCAUAUGUGGAACGCUGUAGGAGAGCACACAACAAUGAUAUGGAGAACAUUUUCCCCUUUUUAUUUCUCGGAGCCAUCUACUCCAUGACAAGCCCCUCGUAUGCAGUAGCCCGACUUCAUUUUCUGGUCUUCUUCCUGGGUCGAGUUGUCCACAGCAUAGCAUAUCUGUUGGCACUUAAAGCACCGACGCGUUCAUUUGCCUAUGUCAUCGCUCAGGUGCCCUGCGUUUCCAUGGCAAUACAGAUACUCAUGGACGUAGCCUCAUCCGCAUAACCCUGUCAAAUAUGGAUUCCUGUGAUUGGUUAAGACUUCUAGUUACAAAUGUGAUGCGGAAUGCUACUUUGAUGGACUUACGGCAUCUCAACAUCUCACAUUUCACUUUAGAAUCAGACUUGAUUGAUGACUGACAAUUAAUAGCUCUGCUCUUAAACAACACAACAUUCAUUGCACUGGUUUGUAUGCCAUGUGUAUUGUUGCAUUACCUUUCAAAUGAAGGUUGUUUAAGGUUAUUUUUUCCCCCAAUGACCAAGUUUUCAAAAUAUUCUCAUAAUAUGUGUAUUACUUGAAACAACCAAGGAAAAUAACGAUAAAGAUGUAGUUCUAAAAAUUAGUUCUUUUAAAUAUAAAAGAAUAACAGAGUCCACACCACAACUAUUAUGAUAACGGCAUUGGGAAUCAAUUGUUGGAAUUAAUUUCAGAACAAAUUUUUCCAGCUGAUGAACUAUAAUAACAUUAUCAGUCAAUCAGAAUCCACUCUGAUUUAAAGAGCUCAAGCAUUUAAAGCUUUAGAAGAAAACUACAGAACAUGCUUAGAAUGAACAUGGGGUGCGUUUCCCGAAAGCAUCGUUAGCCAACUAUGGUCGCAAGUUCCGUCGCUACCAAUAGAGUUCAAUGGAAAUUGCGACCAAAUUGCGACCAUAGUUGGCUAACGAUGCUUUCGGGAAACACACCCCAGGACAAUCUCAGCUGUUGUUGUGGAUGCUGAUAUAGUUAUAAUCAUAGUUAUCUUCUUGGUGUGAAUAGGCCCUUACUCACCUUGAAUGGACCUCCAGUCUAUAGCACAACCAUUAUUUAGAAGACUUUCUGUGACAAAUAGCAUCUUUUCACUUUCAUACUGCAAAGUUUACACAAGCAAUAACUGCUGAGGUCAGUCCAGAGUCCAUGUGAACUUUCCAAACAAAGUAAAAAUUCCCUUGUUAUUGAACCAUAAGCCCUGCAGAGCCCAGACCUUUCAAAUUUAUUGUAGCGUUAAACAGAUGCUGUCGUCCUUCCUCUUUGCCCACUGGGCUUUAGGUUUUACUGCAUUUCGAACACCGCCAGGGGCUUUGCCUGUCCUCAAGAAUGCUUGCAUACAGCAUCCAAAGCCAGUGCUUUGGUUGAACAAGCUUUUAUACAGUAUAUAUAUAUAUUUUUAAGGUGUAACUUAUUGUAAUUAGUUUAUAGUAUUGUAUCAUUUGCGUAGUGAUGUUUCAAAAGAGAUGAUGAGAAAAUCUUAGUUUUUAUAAUAAAGGAAUAAUGAAAGAU